GUCCCUCACACUGUCAAGAAACCAAACGACCAACAUUCACAUCAAUACGAAGCAGUAACGAAACCAGCCUGCGUGAUUGGUAGCGUCGGUCACACCUCCAGCUGUCACCCCGGCGACCACUAUUGUCAGGGUCCUGAGUCGCUGCGUCACUGCUCGCACCGCCCGGCAUCAGAAUUUCAGAAGCGUCCAUCCAGCCUUGUUUCGAUCCAACAAACCUCCAUUGACGAAUCCAGCAACUCGAAAACACAUCCUCACCUGCUGACCCUGUCACAGCAGGCCCUACAACUUGCCGCACACAGACCACAUCUCUCUGCCGCGCGAACACAACACAGUUGACCAUGGCUUCCUGGGAGUGGGAUCCCAACUACGUUCCGCCCGUCAAGCUCGGGUUGCAUUGCGCUCAGAUCGUCCUCUCCUUUGUGGUUUGGUGUCUCGAGCUCGCCGUGUUUGCGGACAAGGACUCAAUCAUCACAGGUAGAAAUGGCUGGACCUUUGGCGUGACCUUUUUAUCGAUACCAGCAUGGGUCUUCCUCGUCAUGACUCCUCGCUUCGAACGCACAAGGCGCUUUGCCAAUGCCUACGCCAUGCUCGGCGUUGACUUGGUCUUCACUAUCAUCUGGAUCUCCGCUUUCGCGACGCAAGCCGCCUACAAUACGGCUGGCAACUGCGGCAACCGCUGCAAGCUCAGCAAGGCCAUUGUUGGCUUGGGUGUCUUCAUCACCCUCCUCUUCGCUAUGAGCACGCUCGUCAGCGGGUACACCAUGCAAUACUGGAAGUUCCACGGCAACCUGCCCGGCUACGACCAGCGCAAGAUUCGCGGUGGCGAGAACAUUGAUCCCGACAAGGCGGCCUUCUCCAUGGCGCCUCAUGACGACGACGCAUAUGAGCGCGUCAACAUGGACGACAACGAGACUACGGCGUAUGGCGGCGCCGGCGCUGGCGAGCCGUACGGCCACGUGAACCCCUACAGCGCGGACGACUACAACGACCCGAACCGUUACGGCUCUCUGCCGCCCAGGAACAACGACAUGUUUGACGCCGACACCGAGUACGGCGCCGGUAGCACAAUCGGUGCUCGCCCGCCCCCCGCCCCGACGGCGUCUGACUUGUCGUACGGUUCGCGAUAUGACGACCCAGCGCGGUUCCCAGCGGGCAAUUAUGAUCGCAUCGAGCGAUAAGAGGGGACGAAAGACGAAGGAACACCGGGCGUCGUAUUCUGUACGGUAGUAUAUACUCAAAGGGGGGUCU